CCUACCCAAGCUGCAGAUGUGGCGGAGCGGCCGGGCGCCGGGCGGCCGUGCCAGGGGAGCCUGCGCCCUGUGAGCCUCGCGCCCCGGCCCCCGCCCGCCCCGGCCCCUCCCCCGCUCGGCCCCCCACGCCCCCCGACCGCCGGAGCCCGCAGCCCGGAGCCCGACCGCCCCCGCUGCCGAGGUUCCUGCCUGAAGACCAGCUGGGAGCACUGCCUGCUGCCACCUCCAGCUCUAGCCUCCUCACCAUGCACUCCUUGGACGAGCCGCUCGACCUGAAGCUGAGCAUCACCAAGCUCCGGGCGGCAAGAGAGAAGCGAGAGAGGACGCUGGGUGUAGUCCGGCCCCGCGCUCUGCACAGGGAGCUGGGCCUGGUGGACGACAGCCCCACACCUGGCUCUCCAGGCUCCCCGCCCUCAGGCUUCCUGCUGAACUCCAAGUUCCCUGAGAAGGUGGAGGGACGCUUUUCAGCAGCCCCGCUCGUGGACCUCAGCUUGUCACCACCAUCUGGGUUGGACUCCCCCAACGGCAGCAGCUCGCUGUCCCCCGAGCGCCAGGGCAACGGGGACCUGCCUCCAGUGCCCAGUGCCUCGGACUUCCAGCCACUGCGCUAUUUGGACGGUGUCCCCAGCUCCUUCCAAUUCUUCCUUCCCUUGGGCUCCGGGGGAACUCUGCACCUGCCUGCCUCCUCCUUCCUUACCCCUCCCAAGGACAAGUGCCUCUCGCCAGACCUGCCCCUGCCUAAGCAGCUAGUGUGUCGCUGGGCCAAGUGUAACCAGCUCUUUGAGCUCCUGCAAGACCUGGUGGACCACGUCAACGACUACCACGUCAAGCCCGAGAAGGAUGCCGGGUACUGCUGCCACUGGGAGGGUUGUGCCCGCCAUGGCCGAGGCUUCAACGCCAGGUACAAGAUGCUUAUCCACAUCCGAACACACACCAAUGAGAAGCCGCACCGCUGCCCGACCUGCAGCAAGAGCUUCUCCCGCCUGGAGAACCUGAAGAUCCACAACCGCUCACACACAGGUGAGAAGCCCUACGUCUGCCCCUAUGAGGGCUGCAACAAGCGCUAUUCCAACUCCAGUGACCGCUUUAAGCACACUCGCACCCACUAUGUGGACAAGCCCUACUACUGCAAGAUGCCCGGCUGCCACAAGCGCUACACGGACCCCAGCUCACUGCGCAAGCACAUCAAGGCCCACGGCCACUUCGUGUCCCAUGAGCAGCAAGAGCUCCUGCAGCUGCGCCCACCCCCCAAGCCGCCACUGCCUGCCCCCGAUGGCGGCCCCUAUGUCAGCGGGGCCCAGAUCAUCAUCCCUAACCCAGCCGCCCUCUUUGGAGGCCCUGGCCUGCCUGGCCUACCCCUGCCCCUGGCUCCCGGCCCCCUCGACCUCAGUGCCCUGGCUUGUGGCAGUGGUGGGGGCAGUGGAGGUGGAGGGGGCAUGGGUCCUGGGCUGCCGGGCCCCGUGCUGCCUCUCAAUCUGGCCAAGAACCCGCUGCUGCCCUCGCCCUUUGGGGCUGGCGGACUGGGCUUGCCUGUGGUCUCCCUCCUUGCUGGCUCUGCUGGUGGCAAGGGCGAGGUGGAGAAGGGGCGUGGGUCAGUGCCUGCCAGGGCCCUGGGCAUGGAGGGCCGCAAGACGCCCCUCGAAAGGACGGAGAGCAGCUGCUCCCGGCCAAGCCCUGAUGGACUCCCCCUGCUGCCGGGCACCGUGCUAGACCUGUCCACCGGCGUCAACUCCACCGCCAGCAGCCCAGAGGCACUGGCUCCUGGCUGGGUGGUCAUCCCGCCGGGCUCCGUGCUGCUCAAACCGGCUGUGGUGAACUGAACCCACCCUGUGGACAACUAUUACGGCCCUGCCGGCAGCUCCUGGCACUGCCCCCUGACGAACAGAAACUCUUCUGUGAAAUAGCAAUAAUGUCCUACUGCCUGGGCAGCCCCAGCCUAGCCCGCCAGGGAGUAAGGAUGGUGCUAGGUCAUUCAUGGCUGGUCUCCUGGUCCCUGGGUGGGGCUGGCCUGCCAUUCGGGGGGAGCUGUGCUCCUGGGUGCUGACGCCUCGCUCCCCUCUGGCUCCCCCACCCAGCUCUCAGCUUCUGCCAGGCCUGUCCCUGCCCCUGUCCUCCCGUUUCUCUCCCACCCUGGUACCUUCCUCACCCAAUGACUACCCCUUCUCCAGCAGAGAGGGUGGGUGGGACGGCAUCUGCCCUCCCUGUUGGCGCCAGGCUCCCCUUCCUGAGAGGGACCCCCAGGGACCAGAAGCCCACCCAUCCCUCCUAGGCUUACCCAGCCCCUGUCCUGGGGGCUCCUUGGACUCCUUUCUCUCUGACCCUGCCUCCAGAGGGAAAGCAAGACAGAUGCAGGCCCCUUCAAAGCCCCAGGCAGAAGCAUGCUCCCCAGGACAAAGGUGCCUCCUGCUAGUUAGAAGGGAGGCCCCGCACCCCGCUCUGCGGCCGUCCUUCUCACCCCAGGCCAGGCUGACAGCACUGCCCAAGGGACGCCACCUCCAGACUGAGGGGAUAGCUGGCCACUCCAUCUCUGCACCCCGGGGGGCCUCCUUCCUCUACCAUAGGUCACCCGAGGACAGUGAGAAGCCAGUCUGAGGGCCCCUGAGCUGGUGAGGGGAGGUACCAGGCCAGGUGUAGUGCCAGGACAGAGUGGCCUGGGCCCUGGCUCAGGGAGCAUGUGGGGCCAGACCCAGCGCCCGGUCUUCCUGCUUCCAUCCCCACUGGGCCUGGCCUGGGCAGUGCCCCCCCGCAGAGGCCUGCGGGCCUUGGUCCUGCACCAGGAAGGGGAGGCUGGCUGGGACACAUCUCCUGGUCUGGGGCUCCAAGUGACAGCAUGCAGGGGAGGGGGUUCCCGGCCAGUGCUGUGUUGGAACUUCCUGGAGGCUGUGGACUGAAGGCCUGAGGGAAGCGGUGGCUGGAGGACCACCUGUGACACUUGCUUCCUCAGGCUCUUUCCUUCCGAGCUGCUUUCUCAGAGGCGCUUCCCUACCCCUAAUACCCAACGGGCUCUCUCAGGUUCUGUGCCACUCAAGGACUCUGGCAGGGGCCAGAACCAUUUAAGGGUGCUAGAAGGCCUUGUGCCCCUUAAUCCCAUCCCAGGACACCCUGGGGGAUGGAUGCACCCAUGCAUCCCCCAUUUGGGGCCUCCCCUCUGCUCCCUCUCCCGCCUGGUGGCUGGGAGUUCUGGCUUCUAGGCCUGCGCUGUCACCAGGCCGUGGAAUGGCCCAGCCUUUCCACCUCCCCAUCUGUAGAACGAGGCAGCUGCCUGGAUAGCACUGGGGUCCUCAGUGGCCCUGCAGAUCCUCUGGCAGCUUUGCUGACCCCACCCUCUCCCAGACUGCCCUUCUGUCCCAGAGGGGUCACCCUGACCUGGCCUGCCCUGCCACUGGGCUUCGGACUCCAGCCCUGACAGGGCCCCGCCGCACUGGCUCUGCUCCUCGAAGGGGCUGUGAGCAAGGUAGGAGGGAGCUGGUCUCCUUUCUUCGGGCCCCAUGCAGGCCCCGAGCACCCCCCACCCCUGUGAGGGCCCCAGGCCUUAAGUCCCUGGUGGGGUCAUGGGUUUCUGACUCAAGCGGAGCGGAGGAACAGGGCACUGGAAGGCCGACGAGCUCAGCAUGCGAUUCGGUGACGGACCAGGCUCGGAAGGGCCGGUGUACUUUUUGUGGUUGUCGUUGGUUUGUUGUUGCACAUUCCAGGAUAUCAGUAUUUUAACAGGUUCUAAGUGCCUUUCUAUCGUAGCUAUGUUUUUCCUCCUCUUGGCUCCAUUGCUGUUAGCAUAGAGUUUUAAAAAAAAAGAGAUAAGCUAAUGACUAUAACAAUAUAUUCCUCCAUGGGAGAGGAAGUUUAUAAAGAAACAAUAAAAGUGAGUUGCAAAGAUG